AAGGAUCCUCAGUACUACACCAGGAGUAUUUACUUAGUUAGUGUUUCUUCCUCAGUGAAAGGUGUGGAACUAUAACAGCCAGUCUGAUUAAUUCAAGUUAAACGGAUUACCAACGCGACGACUGUCUCGAACAACUGACAACAAAGGACAACAAUACAACAAACCACAGCACUCCAGACAGAGUGGAGCCAGCAAACUUGUGUGAGACGUUCCAGAGCCGCAGCACGACCGGCGCAGGGUUUUUUCUACUUCAAACGGCGAAAUAUCAGAGCACAAAGGUGGUGACUUCAUACUGAGCUUCGUUGGAUGAACACAUCACACAGGAAAUAUGGUUGUCUUCCUAUAAGGCUUUUUUUUCUUUUUCUUUGUCUUUUUUUUUUCUGACACAGGCGUCCUGAUGUCAGCCCCUGCAGUUUGAAACUUUUCCCUCGGUUAGUAGUGGUGACCCGACUACGGUCAGCUUGCUGCAGGGCCUUUCCUGAGCAGCAGCAGCUGCGUCCUGCUUGCUGACUCCCAUUCCUCCCCUGCUUCCUGUCCUUGGUCAGACAAGGCUAGUCUUCUCACUCCACCCUCAUCUCUGUCCACUCAUUUGCUUUCUUACACUGCUCGUUUGAUUGAUCAAGCCUUUGGACUGGUUUUAGGGUACCAUCAUUUUUUGAAUUCUUUUGGACGGACGGAGGGUGACCGUUUACCCCACGCAGCUCUCUGAUUUGGGCUAGACUACAUUGUGCAACAUGUCGUCCAUGUCUAGCCUCUUUUCUUUUACAAGCCCAGCAGUCAAACGGCUGCUUGGGUGGAAGCAAGGAGAUGAGGAAGAGAAAUGGGCAGAAAAGGCUGUGGAUGCACUUGUGAAAAAGCUGAAAAAGAAGAAGGGCGCCAUGGAAGACCUGGAGAAAGCCCUGAGCUGCCCAGGUCAACCCAGCAAGUGUGUUACCAUUCCACGAUCCCUGGAUGGCCGGCUGCAGGUUUCUCACAGGAAAGGUCUCCCUCACGUUAUCUACUGUCGAGUGUGGCGCUGGCCGGACCUUCAGUCCCACCAUGAGCUGAAGCCCCUGGACGGGUGCGAGUAUCCAUUUGGCUCCAAACAGAAGGAGGUCUGCAUCAAUCCGUACCACUACAAUCGCGUGGAAAGCCCUGUGCUGCCUCCUGUCCUUGUACCGCGACACAGCGAGUUCAAUCCACAGCACAGUUUGCUUGCACAGUUUCGCAAUCUCACCCACAACGAGCCGCACAUGCCCCUAAACGCCACCUUUCCGGAGUCCUUUCCACAGCCGCACAACGGGGGUGGCUCCUUUUCCAUUUCUCCCAACUCUCCAUAUCCCCCCUCUCCAGCCAGCUGUGGUACUUACCCAAACUCCCCUGUCAGCUCGGGACCCUCCAGUCCAUUCCAACUCCCAGCUGACACCCCACCCCCAGCCUACAUGCCCCCAGAUGAGCAACUGGGCCAGGAAAACCAGUCCAUGGAGACAAGCAGCAGCCUUGUGUCUCAGAACAUCGGUAGAGGAGAUUUGCACUCCGUGGAAUAUGAGGAGCCAAGUCACUGGUGCUCCAUUGUCUACUAUGAACUGAACAAUCGUGUUGGCGAGGCUUACCAUGCUUCAUUAUCCAGUAUCAUCGUUGAUGGCUUCACCAAUCCUGAAAACAACAAAAACCGCUUCUGCCUCGGGCUGUUGUCAAACGUCAACCGCAAUUCCACGAUUGAGAACACUCGCAGGCAUAUUGGCAAAGGGGUGCACCUUUACUACGUGGCUGGGGAGGUGUUUGCAGAGUGCCUGAGCGACACCAGCAUUUUUGUCCAGAGUCGUAACUGCAAUUUCCAACACAACUUCCAUCCCACCACCGUGUGUAAGAUCCCGAGUGGAUGCAGCCUUCGCAUUUUCAACAACCAACAGUUUGCCCAACUCCUGGCCAAGUCGGUCAAUGAGGGUUUCGAGGCGGUCUACGAGCUUACCAAGAUGUGUACGAUUAGGAUGAGCUUUGUCAAGGGCUGGGGAGCAGAGUAUCAUCGACAGGAUGUCACCAGCACCCCCUGCUGGAUUGAAAUGCAUUUGAACGGGCCCCUGCAGUGGCUGGAUAAAGUGCUGACACAAAUGGGUUCACCCCUCAACCCUAUUUCAUCUGUGUCCUAAUGAUGGAUUCAUGGGAGCUUGGAAAGGCCUUAAGUUUUGUUUUUCCUUUUCCUUUUUUUAUGUUUUGCUUCUCCCCAUUCAACGAUUUGUAAUUUAAAAUCAAGUGGACGAACUGUUUACACCUACUUGGGGAAAGGAUUUUGAACUCUGGCUUGAGAUUCAACAGCAGUUGCAGCCAGAAUCCACUUGUUUUAAACAACAAACCAGCGCAAGAAAACACCUGGAAAAAAGAAGAGUUCCGUCUCUACUGUUGAGCCUGUGGUUGUCGGAUAUUCAUUUUUGCCUCAAGUUCUUUUUUUUUGAUAAACGUGUUUUAUCUGUGUCGUUUUUAAUUAGGCCAAUCUCUCACUACUCUGCGUCUGACUGAAUUUGAAUUUUGUUGAACACAAAUUAUUGUUUCAACGUUAAGAUACCGAUGCGCUUUUGUUUACCUUUUUAAAACUCGGAUAACAUCAUUUUAUAGUCUCUACUGCUAGAAAGGAACACUGAGCUACUGCCUUUAAAAUAAAAAUGUAUGCCAUCACACGAUAGUUAACGAUAUGGGAGAUCACUGAACAAGUUUAACAUGCCAUAAGCUAACAUUAUGAAUGUUACAUCUAUUGCAAUAGAAUUAGUCAUUGUGUAAUCAGAGAAUGAACACUACAGUUAUUGAUUGUGUUUGUGCUCUCAAGUUCAAGUUAGAGUUGCUGUAUUUUUCCAUACUCACUGUAUUAACAAUAUUGUGCACUCAUGGAUUUUUGUGAAGGCAUAUUCAGUUUUGGCUUGGGUACCGAGGCAUUAUGUCAGUAGUUGGCUUCAUGAGCUCAUUGAAAUAAACUGGUUCUGUGGAAACCGG